GGGGUGGACCUACAAAUACUCCGACGAUAAAGUAAGUAUUGUGAGGGAGAGGUAUAGGGUUUAGAAUAGUGUGUACAUUGGCUAGACCGUAAGUUAACCUUUAUAGGAGUUGAAUUAGGGUUAUGAGGAACAAGAACCUUAUGUGAGGCAGGUGUUGUCGGAUUGCCUAGAACUUAAAUCCAAUGGUUAGGAGUGGUCUCCGCAAACUUUAUCAUGUGUGCCUCUAAAGCAUGUCUAUGAGAUGGUUUGUCUAAGACCUAUUGACUUCGGUGACCCAGUCCAAAGCAAGAUUAGGCUUUGGCCUAAUUCCGUCCGAACAAGUGCCUCCAAGCAUUUAGCCAGCGGAGCAAGAUAAUGGUUUGAUACAAUCAUUGGUAGUGUCUCCUAAGUGGAUGCGUUCUCGAUACCACGCGCCUUAGUAAUUUUGAGUAUUUGGAGUCCAAAUCUGCCAGGAUUUUCCAUCAUGGGUGCUCUGGCGGCCGGCCUGCCAAACCUGUGACAAUUCCUUGAUUUGUGAUGAAGAAAAAGUGAAUAGCUUUGAUGGAAGAAUCAAACGAUGUUUUGUUGGAAGCUGAAUUAGCUCUUGUAGACGGCUCCGUUGACUACACAGGACAACCUGCAAUUAGAUCCAAAUCUGGUUAUUGGAGAUCAGCCUGGUUUAUCAUAGGUGUGGAAGUGGCAGAGAGGGUAUCAUAUUAUGGAAUUCAAGGGAACUUGAUAUCAUAUUUGACAGGGCCACUCAAACAAAGUACUGCAACAGCUGCUGAGAAUGUGAAUAUAUGGGCUGGAACUGCUUCUCUUCUUCCUCUAUUUGGUGCUUUCAUUGCUGAUUCUUUUCUUGGACGUUACCACACUAUCAUACUUGCUUCUCUCAUCUAUAUCUUGGGACUAGGAUUGUUAACAUUAUCAGCUAUGCUUCCUUCCAUCACCAAAUCUAAAUGUCAAUUAGACAGUACAUUCAUAUUCUGCUCCCAACAUUCACAAGUAAUCUUAUUCUUCAUCUCACUCUAUCUAGUAGCCAUUGGACAAAGUGGACAUAAACCUUGUGUUCAAGCUUUCGGGGCAGAUCAAUUCGACGAACAACAUCCUAAGGAGCAGAGAGCUAGAAGCUCAUUCUUUAAUUGGUGGUAUUUUACCAUGAUUGCAGGUUGCACCGCAACACUUUCGAUCUUGAACUAUAUACAAGAUAACUAUAGUUGGGUUCUUGGAUUUGGUAUCCCUUGUGUUGUCAUGAUCAUUGCUUUGACUGUGUUCUUGCUUGGAACAACGACAUAUAGGUUUAACAUUCGGGAUAAUGGCGAGAGUUCAUUUCUUAGAAUUGGUCGCGUAUUCAUUGUAGCUGUAAGAAAUUGGCAAAAAACGUUAUCAAGCAACACUAUUGAAGAGGAAUGUGAUGGAACACUUCGUCGUCAAAGUUCUGAACAAUUCAACUUCCUCAACAAGGCAUUGCUAACAUCAAAGGGAUCCAAAGAUGGUAAAACUUGUAGCCUUAGUGAGGUGGAAGAAGCAAAGGCAGUACUAAGACUAGUUCCAAUUUGGGCUACAACUUUGGUUUAUGGUAUUGUGUUUGCUCAAGUUUUUACAUUCUUCAUUAAACAAGGAAAAUCUAUGGAGAGAACAAUAUUUCCUGGUUUUGACAUACCCCCCGCUUCUCUUCAAUCGAUUAACAGUCUCGCCAUUGUUCUCGUAAGCCCCAUCUAUGACCGCAUAUUCGUGCCAGUAACAAGAUCUUUCACUGGGAAACCCUCAGGCAUCACAAUGCUUCAAAGAAUCGGCACUGGAAUUUUUCUAUCCAUUUUCACAGUAGUAGUUGCAGCCCUUGUUGAGAUUAAAAGACUAAAAACAGCACAAGAGUAUGAACUUGUUCAUGAUCCCAAUGCAAUUGUUCCAAUGAGUAUAUGGUGGUUGAUUCCUCAAUACUUUUUGUUUGGAGUUUCUGAGGUUUUUACUAUGGUUGGUCUUCAAGAGUUUUUCUAUGAUCAGGUCCCAAAUGAACUAAGAAGCAUGGGACUUGCACUCUACUUGAGUAUUGUUGGUGUUGGAAGCUUUCUAAGUGGCUUUCUCAUUUCAAUGAUAGAAAAUAUUACUGGCAAAGAUGGACAUGAAAGUUGGUUUUGUGACAAUAUCAAUAAGGCACAUCUUGAUUACUUUUAUUGGCUACUUUCUGGAUUAAGUGUGGUGGGGUUUACUUUGUUCAUUUACUUUGCAAAAUCUUAUGUUUAUAAUCGCAAAGGUAUUAUCACACAAGGAUAGUCACUUAUCAAAUAUUGUAUGAGGUUCGCAAAGAUAUUUGUUGCGGCAAGUGUGAGGUGAGUUAUGUUUUACAUUGCUUAUAAAAGUGAAGGUUAAGCACUUUAUAAGUGAGAGGACCCAUAAAUUCCUUAAGAUUUUAGGUAAAAGUGUGGUGUCCAAUUUACUUAUGUAGUUGCUUUGAGCCUAAUGUGAUGAUCUUCCGGCUGCCUUCUCACAACUCAACGGUAUUAUCA